UCUCUUUUUCAUUAAGACAGGUGGAGUUGCUCUAAAACCUAAUAUAAGAGACAAAAUCCAGUUAUAGUAAAUCUUUCACCUAGGAGACAUUUGUUUUAUUCUAAUAGUAAAUGUGUUGGCUUUGGUUUUGUCAAAACGAUUCUUCAUCCCUUAACCAUAUGAAAGAAUAAAUUUUAAAAAAUAGAAAUUUUUUUAAGUUGUUAUGACAUAUUCAUAUUUCUAUAUCUUGUUUAUAAGUCUUCUCAGUCCUUGUAAUAUUUAAACAGUGUUGCAUUUCCAUUUCUAUCUGAUUCUUGAUCCUUGCUUUCUUUGUGCCGCGAGUUCUUUUUAUUUAAUUUUUGUCACAGCUCAGAGUCUCGAGGAAUUCAUCAGUACAAGAAAUUUUCAAUUUCAAAUACUGUUUGUUGCUGUAACUUAGUGUGCAAAACUCAACAGAUAGAACAAGUCCACUUUUCCUAGAAAUAAAGUUGUAGCUUCUCUGAAUAGUUUAGGAUAUGAGUAUCCAAAGGAUUGGUACUCAAGAAAGAGUGCCAAAAAACUCAGCAUAUCCCAGUGAUUAUACUUUAGAAUUCGCCAGAAUGCCGGUUCAGGCUUUACAUGCACAAAAACAGUCUUCAUCAUACAUGGGAUUUAGUCUUCCACCAGCAACUUCUGCAGAAGAUGUAUGCCAACAGCAGCAGCAGCAGCAGUUUUUUCCUAGUGCUAAUUCAUCGUCGAAUAGUACUAUCAUCGGUCGUAUUGGUUCGCCAUCUUCAGCCUUCUUUGCCACGGAACGUUACCUGGGAUUAACACAGUAUGAUGAUCAACAAGAUAAUUGUUCUCAAUUGUCCAAGAAUUAUGAUUUUCAAAUACCAUCAUAUGGUUUCUUGCCUGAUUCACCAGCAGAAGAUUUUCAUCCCAAGAUUUCCCUGCCGCCAUUUAUCAGAUCACAGUUCUCGACCAGUCAACCCUUUAGUCCUGAUCAUCAAGUACCUUAUAGAAGUCCGUUCAGCAGUCUAACAGAAAAAGAGAGAAUAUUGCAUCUUAAGAGAAAAUUGCUUGGUGAAUUCGACACGCCUUUUGAUGGAAAUCAAGAUUUCAGUCUCCCUCAUAAUUUAUGUGGUAGUCACUUGGACUAUAUGAGGCAAGAAUCAGGAUUUCCUUCGGCUAAUUCUAAUAAUUCUGCAUGUUCUGGAGGAUCUGUGUGCAACAAAACAAGAAUCAGAUGGACUCAAGAUCUCCACGAUCGAUUUGUUGAGUGUGUAAACCGCCUAGGAGGCGCUGACAAGGCAACACCAAAGGCAAUACUAAAGCUGAUGGAGUCAGAUGGCUUGACUAUUUUCCAUGUCAAAAGCCAUUUGCAGAAAUAUCGAAAUGCAAAGUACAUCCCUGAACCUACAGAUGGAAAAUCUGAGAAGAGAAACUGCCCGAAUAAUGUGUCACAGAUCGACAGCAAAACGGGAAUGCAAAUCAAGGAAGCACUGCAAAUGCAACUCGAAGUCCAGAGGCGUCUUCACGAGCAACUAGAGAUUCAGCGAAAGUUACAGUUGAGGAUUGAAGAACAAGGAAAACAGCUAAAGAUGAUAUUUGAUCAACAACAAAGAACAACAAGAAGUCUAUUGGACACUCAAAAUUCAACCAUUUCAACUCCUGAACAUGAUCCAUCUAACCUGUAUGAUGAUAUGGAAGUUUUGGUUGCCGAUAAUAUUCGCUUCCCAUCUAAAAUAAGUUAAGUGUUAAGGAGGCCAUCAAUUAGAAGUUUUUCAUUUUUGCAUUUAGUGUUAGAGGGAAAAGUUGAGUUUAGCUUUUUCUGGUAGAAAAAAAGACUUUCCAAAAAAUGUAAACUAUAGUACAAUGUCUAUAAACAUCAUGCUGAAUGUAGGUAUUUGUUUCUCUUGUGUUCAUGUGACAUAUGAGUUUGAUAUA